AAUGCCCGUAGCUGUCAACGAUAGGUGGUGGUGCAGGGGACAAGGAUAACACAACACGCCGAGGGGUUGAAAAAAGACAACUGAUCCACUUUGGAAGGCGAGCCGCCAGCAACACUCGGAGCCCGUGUAUCGGCUUGUAGACGGCGGCGCAAUCGAUCGAUAAACGCGAUGCAGUAGCGUGUGUCUGGGGGGAGGACUCUCGUCGUUGCUGGUGCUGCGGAGCGGUUGGUUAUGAAACUAGGGUCCUCUGGCCUGGAGUGCUAUCUGGACCAGCAGCAGGGUGUGUGUGUGCGCGGUGCGUGUGGGCAUUAGCGGCGGAGGGCUGGCUAUCAUCGAUUGGUGGCAGCGACGCAGGCGGUGGUUCGCCCUGCCGCGGAUCGGUCAGAUGAGCAUGAACAAAGCGCUGGUGGUUUUCAUUGCGGCCAGUGGCUUUCUGCUGUUUAUCUACGCCAACAGCAGCAGUGUGUUCAAUCGGCAUCUGCUGCCCAAGGAACCACCGGCCAGCGGGGCAGUGGCGGCGGCCAUACACCACCACCAGCACCACCACUCUUCGAAACGGAACAACAGUGCCGCCGCCGCCGCCGCCACCGGCAAUGGAUUGGUGGCCACGAACGAAGUCACCCCACCGAGCAAGCUGAAGCGCGUGAAGUACAUCGCGAAGGGAACGAACGGCACCGAGUACAACAUCUUCCUCAUCUACACCAAGGAAAGCCAAAAUCUCAUCCUGCACAGCCAGCUGGAACUGUUCCUUCGCAGUCUGCUCAAGUACUCCACCAUCGAGCUGCACCUGCACAUCAUCACGGACGAGCAAAGCGAACGGUCGGCGGAAGAGCUGAUCAAGCAGCAGAUCGAGCGGUUCCAGCGGACCGCAUUCUACACGCUGUACGAUGUGCGCGACUGCGCGGAAAAGAUCAGCGAUAUCGUGCACAGUAUGGGGCCGUUGUUCAAUUAUCGGUCCGGAAGCUACUAUAGUGAUGCCUUAUUUCUGCUUUCGCUCGGCCUGCACCGUAUCGUGGACCGGAGCAUGCGCCACGCCAUUCUGAUCGACUGUGACGUCGUGUUCCGGGCGUCGGUGAAGGAGCUGUUCGAUCAGUUCGAAAGCUUCAGCCCUGACCAGAUGUUUGGGCUGGCCCCGGAACUGACCCCCGUUUACCGGCACGUACUGUCACGGUAUCGGUUAAACAACCCACACACACUGUUCGGUAGUCCGUACUAUCUCGAGAAGCCGCCAUUGGGAGGCAUGGGGGACAAACGAACACGCCACGGUUACCCCGGCCUAAACUCGGGCGUCGUGAUGCUGCACCUGGAUCGCAUCCGGCGAUCGCGGCUGUACGAGGAAAUCAUCAAGGAGAGCACGGUCAAGAGCAUGGCCGAAAAAUACUCCUUCCAGGGACACCUGGGUGACCAGGAUUUCUACACCCUGAUGGGGUUCGAGUUUCCCGGGCUCAUCUAUCGGCUCGAUUGCGUAUGGAACCGGCAGCUGUGCACGUGGUGGCGCGAACACGGGUACAGCGACAUAUUCGAUAGCUACUUUCACUGCGAGGGAACGAUAAAAAUCUACCACGGCAACUGCAACACCCGAGCGCCGGAGUAGAGCCGGAGUUCACAUCCAACAUUCCACAUUUUGCGUGAUUCGUAUUGGAUCUCAAACCCUUUCGAACCCUGUGCAGUGCCAGAGACACAUGCUCUCUCUCUACAUCUCUCUCUAUCUAUGUCCUUUUAGCAUAGUUUACUUUUAUUACUGACGCUUCCAAGAACGUGACCCGUGUGCAAUAGUGUUACGUUUUUACGAGUUACGUGCAUUUUAUGCCCCAUAUUUUAAUGAGCCUGUUACAAACCCCAGAUCGGAGACUUUUAUUUGCGUGAUUUAACUUUAGCUGCUAGGAAACGUGUUGCGAGACGGUAGCGAUCAGGCGCACCGCCCAGCCAUUCGCCAUAGAACCCCACAUUCAGUGAUGCAUAGCAACGGUUGCUGAGAAGUUGAAUUUUAACUUCAGUCCCAGCAGCACGUGGUAUCUAAGAAUCAAACUAGGCUAGGGACAGAGUAAGGAAUGUUAAAAAAAACUCGUUCAGUUCUAAACUCAGUUCUUCAGUUCGCCAAAACGCAUUCGGGGGUCACGGUAUUUGUGACCUCGGCACGAUCACCAUCCUUGCUGGCCACCCCGCUCUGGCAAUAAU